AUGAAAGAGAAAAUGAAGGAAAAAUAUAAAAAGUUGAAUUAAGACUUUGCUAGUUUUAAGUACCAAUAUAAGGAUAUAUUGUUUGAUAAUCCUUAUGUCAACAAUAAAUUCAAAAAAAACUUUUUUAAUCUGAAAUUUUCUGAUGAAUAGAGAGAAACAUAUGCAAUUAGGUUGGGAAGAUUAGCAGUGAAACAUAAUGAACAAAUCAAAUAGAUGUAACGGAUAGUUGAUGAUAUUCAUAAAAAAUAUGAAGCUCAUAACGAAUAGUUAAAUUGUUAUAUGCCGAAAACAAUAGAAAACUUGGUUACAGAAAGUGAUUCUUAUAUAAAAAGUAGUAAAAUCUAUAAUCCUGAUAUUUUGGCAAAAUACUAAUAAUUAAAAUACUAGCAUUUUUGGAAUAAAAUACCUAAAACUCUAGCAAAUUGA